AUGCUUCAGUUUCAGACGAUAUAUCUAAUGGCAAUUGUGCCUGGUGGGAGUACAUGGGUGGCUAGGUGGGGAGUUCAACCUCAAUUAAUGUCCAGAGCCUCUUCAACAAGCAAGUCUUUUGUGCAUUUGCCUCAGUUCUCAAUUAAUACAAGAGAGUUGGCAUCACCAUGUUCUGCCUUCUGUUCACAAGGUUCUUUGCAUGCACUAUACAAUAUGCAGUCAUUUGGUAAAUCUCACCACAGAAGAGGUGGUCGCCUCAUUGUUAGAGCUGAAAGUGAUUUUUAUUCGGUGCUUGGCGUGUCAAAGAAUGCUAGCAAAGCAGAAAUAAAAAGUGCAUAUCGGAAGCUUGCAAGGAGUUAUCAUCCUGAUGUAAACAAAGAACCAGGAGCCGAACAAAAAUUCAAGGACAUCAGCAAUGCUUAUGAAGUUUUAUCAGACGAUGAAAAACGUUCCAUAUAUGAUAGAUAUGGUGAAGCUGGGCUUAAAGGCGCUGGUGUUGGCACCGGGGAUUUCAGCAACCCGUUUGACUUGUUCGAAUCAUUAUUCGAUGGGUUAGGCGGGAUGGGUGGCAUGGGCGGCAUGGGUGGCGGCAGAAACUCACGCAACCGCGCCACCCAAGGCGAAGACCAAGGUUACAACCUAGUCCUAAACUUCAAAGAAGCCAUAUUCGGUAUCGAAAAAGAAAUCGAAGUAACCCGUCUCGAAUCCUGCACAACUUGCAACGGGUCGGGUGCAAAACCUGGAACCACCCCGUCAAAAUGCAACACAUGUGGUGGUCAAGGCCAAGUCAUCUCCUCCGCCCGGACCCCACUCGGUGUCUUCCAACAAGUCAUGACAUGUUCUUCCUGCAACGGCUCCGGCGAAAUCUCCACCCCGUGUAACACAUGUAAUGGUGACGGACGCGUGAGAAAAUCCAAACGGAUCAGCCUGAAAGUUCCUGCCGGAGUAGAUUCCGGCAGCCGGUUGAGAGUCCGGUCGGAGGGGAAUGCCGGAAGGAAAGGUGGGCCCGCUGGAGAUUUGUUUGUAAUGAUUGAUGUGCUUCCGGAUCCGGUGUUGAAACGGGAUGAUACGAAUAUACUUUAUACGUGUAAGAUUACGUAUAUUGAUGCGAUAUUGGGGACCACAAAGAAGGUGCCCACGGUUGAUGGGAUGGUGGAUUUGAAGAUUCCAGCGGGGACUCAGCCGGGGACCACGUUGGUUAUGGCGAAAAAAGGGGUCCCGAUUUUGAAUAAGAGUAAUAUGAGGGGGGACCAGUUGGUGAGGGUACAAGUGGAAAUUCCGAAACGGUUGAGUGGGGAAGAGAGGAAGUUGAUUGAAGAGUUGUCGAAUCUUAAGAAGGGUAAAGUUCCCAAUAGCAGUGGUAUAUAAAAUAUAUAAUGUAGUAGAGGAAAUGGGAAACGGUGUAUUUGAAAAAAAUUUCAGUUGCAUGACCUGCACAUCGGUUUCUCGUUCACAAUCGACCCACGGAAAAUGGAAAUAGAGGUAUUUUUUGGGGUGUAAAAUGUAAAUUGUGUGACAUGAAUUUAUACAUGGUGGUUGUGGAGUAGACAAUUAGAGAGGGGUUAAUCUUAUUAUUAUAAUUUAUUGUAGCAAGGAUUUUGGAUUAUGCUCAAGGGAUGUAAAUUGGUGACUUUUUUUUUU